CACACUCCUCCACCGCCGCCUUCCACCUUCCCUCCAUCCCUCGCCCGGCUCUGCCUCCCGGGAGAGCGUCUCUCUCCAUCCAGCACUGGCCCGUCCUCUCUCCGCCGGGGGAUCCCUCCUUCCCUCCAUCCCUCCGCUCCGGCUCCCGGCUCCCGGCUCCCGGCUCCGCUCCUCCGCGGCUCAGAGCAUGGACGAGAUUCCUGCCCGCGCACUGCCGCCUUGGGUGUGUCUGUCACUCUAGCGAGGUUCCUCUACCUCCCUCUUGCCUGGCCGCAUGGAUCCGCUUCCUGCUUCUUCUCUGCCUCUCAGGAAAUAAAUACAGAGUACCCCACAUCAUGAGGCCAUUGUUGGGAGCCCUCCCUGGCCCCCCAACUCUGCUCCGCACCCCCAGCAGCUCGUUUGCUUCCUGGGAACACCUGGAGCCUCUCUGAGUCAGGGGACUGGGAGCAUAUCCCGACGCCUGUAGCCAGAGAUUCCCAAGGCCUGCUCUAUGCCUGUUGGACACUAUACCUGUAGCUGGGGAACUCCUGGGCUGUAGAACACCAAGAAUUCCAAGCCUGGCAGCACACAGUCGUAACCAGGUGGUUGCAAGUCUAGAGGGCUCUGUCUGCCUGUAGCCAGAGAACUGACCACUCUCUGCAUGUAGCUGGAGAAAUACAGUCCCUGCUAUAUACCUGUUACCAGAGAACUCCAGGACCGCUGUACACCUGUAGCUGGAGAACUCCAGGACCAUUGUAUGACUGUAGCUGGAGAACGCCAGGACCGCUGUAUGCCUGUAGCCAGAGAACCCUGGGAUGGCUGUACACCUGUAGCCAAGAACUCCAGGACCACUCUACACCUGUAGUUACAGAACAUAGGACUCGCCUGUCACAAAAGACCCCUGGACUUAUUGUAUGCCUGUAGCUGGAGAAAUCAAGGACUGUUGCACACCUGUAGCCAGAGAACUCUCAGCCCCCAUCUGCCUGUAAAAUACAGAGACUCCCAGGUCACAGCAUGGCAGUGCAGAGCCAGAACCAAGUCAUUGCAGAUUUGGAGGCCACUGUCUGCCUGUAACACAUGGACUCCAGGACCAUACUACAUCUGUGACCAGAGAACUCCAGGAGCCAUGUACAGGUGUAAUCAGACAGCCUCCAUACCCCAGUAGCUACAGAAUUUCAGGCUGUAGGGCACCAUACAACCAUAGCCAGAUUACUGUAGGUGUUGAAGCAACCAUACGCCUGUAGCCAAAGAUGUCUGGGACUGCUGUAUGACUGACCCCCACUUUACACAUGUGGGUGGAGAAGUCUGGUCUUUUGUACCACUGUAACACUGCCGUACGCCUGUAGGGGACAACUCCAGGAUGUCUGUAUAAUAUCUAUCUAUCCCCGUACACCCCAUCUGUAUAUCCAUUGAAUGGUUGUAGGUGGAGAUGUCUGGGAUUUGUGUAUGACUGCAGCUGAAGUACACAUCUGUAGCCAGAGAACUCAGAGGUCGCUGUCUGACUCUAAACCCUCCCCCCUCCCCCCACCACCAUGUGCCUGUAGGUGGAGAACUCCAGGACUGGCACACUUCUGUAGCUCCACUGUCAACCUGUAGGAGGAGAACUCCUGGUUCUUCGUACGCCUGUAGCUAAACUACUUGACCGCAGACAGAGAAGCCGGGGAUCUCCCUACGACUGUAAGGGGCAGGACUCCAGGAGUGGCAUGUGACUGUUGCCCUGCCUGUAGGUGGUGAAGUCUGGGACCUCACUCCAGUUGUAGGGGAAGAACUCCAGGACCGACGUACGACUGUUAGUCCCAUUGUCUGCCUGUCGGAGGAGUGGAAGUUGCUGCUCCAGAUGGAACCCUGACUCUGUCACCUACAGCCAGCCCCGCGCGGUGGGGCCGGCCCCGGCGAUGAGCGCAGGGUCCUGUGGGUAGCCGGUGCCGGGGGAGGCGGGGCCUCGUUACAUGCAUGUCCCACGGGGGCAGGUUCGACUUUGACGAUGGCGGCUGCUACGUGGGUGACUGGCAGGAUGGCCGGGCACACGGGUACGGGGUCUGCACCGGCCCUGGGGCCCAGGGCGAGUACAGUGGGCAAUGGCGGCGCGGGUUCGAGUCUCUGGGCGUCUACACCUGGCCCAGCGGCAACACCUACCAAGGCCAUUGGAGCCAGGGCAAGCGGGAAGGGCUGGGCGUGGAGCGCAAGAGCAAGUGGUGUUACAAGGGGGAGUGGAGCCAUGGGCUGAAGGGCCGGGCCGGCGUCUGGGAGAGCCACUCCGGGGUCACCUACGAGGGCAUGUGGAGGGACGGGCUACAGGAUGGCUACGGCACCGAGACCUACGCCGACGGAGGCACCUACCAGGGCCAGUGGCAAGCCGGGAAGCGGCACGGCUACGGCGUUCGCCAGAGCGUCCCCUACCGCCAGGCUGCCUUGGUGUGCUCCCUGCGCCGCACCUCGCUGGAAUCCCUCCGCAGCGACCCCGACCCCGGCGGGCCCCCUGCUCCUCUCCCUCCCCCUCCCCUGCCCCCUCCGCUGCUCCCAGGGGACAGCCCAGCCUCGGGCUCCCGGGGUGGCUUCGUGCUGGCCUUCCCCGGUGACCCGCACUUCCCCAAGGGGGCCAAGAAGAAGACGGGGGGCUUCUUCUUCCGGCGGUCCCUGCUGCUGAGCGGCCUGCGGGUGCGCCGGGCCGAGUCCAAAGCCUCCCUGGGCAGUAAGCGGGGCUCGCUGAAGAGCGAAGCCGGGGUGAGCUCGACCGGGAGCGAAGCCACCACCCUGAGCUACGCCGAGACCGAACCCCCUGAGAUGCCAUCACGGUUGGCCAUCGAGGGCUCCUCCACCGAGGUGUACGCCGGGGAGUGGCGUGCUGACCGGCGCAGCGGCUACGGGGUCAGCCGGCGCUCCAACGGGCUGCGCUACGAAGGCGAGUGGCUGGGGAACCGGCGGCAUGGCUACGGGCGCACCACCUACCCUGACGGCACCAAGGAAGAGGGCAAGUACAAGCUCAACCGCCUGGUGAGCGGCAAGGUCAAGAACCUCAUCCCGCUCCGGCGCAGCAAGGUGAAGGAGAAGGUGGACCGGGCAGUGGAGAUGGCCCGCAGAGCCGUCAGCCUGGCCAGGCAGAAGCAGGAAAUGGCGGCCACCAGGGCGGCCGAUGCCCGGCUGAAGGCCACAGCCGCGCUGGCCUCUGCCGAGAAGGCCGUGGAGGCGGCUCGAGUGGCCAAGAUCCUGGCCCAGGAUCUUCAACCCAUCCUGGAUGACCCUGAGCCACGGCCCCGCCUGGACUCCGAAGGCACCGACACGGACCUGUUAGAAUAUGACAGCCCGGGGGUCUACGAAAAUGGGGUCACCCCAUCCGACGUGACCCCAGACCCCAGCUACCCCCCCACCCCGCUGCAGCCCUGGAGGGGGGACCCCCGCCGGACUUGGCACCCUCUGGAGAACGGCGGACCCCCUCGAGUGCCCCCUGCGGAUGCAUCAGACCCUGAGGACGAGUGGGGGUGCCGGAGGUUCCCUGCCCGGACACCGGGGUUCCCACCCGAGGGACUGUGGGAGGGGGACGAGGCAGGGCGCCCCCUGGUGGGCACCCCACCCAGCGGCAGCUCUGGAAGCCUCCAGGAGGAAGAGGAGGAGGAGGACUAUGAGGAAGAUCUCCCCCAGCUGGAUAUUGGGGAGCCCCAGGCGGGGCCAGAGGUGGCGGGACCCCUGGGGCACUCUGGACUGGGGGCUGACAAGCUGCCUUCAGGGGUGGGGGCUGCGGCUCAGGGUGAGAAGGAGACAGGAGCAGCCAUGAGACAGGGAGCUCACCCAUUGGUGGUUCUGGCCGUCGUGUUGAUUGACAUCUGCCUGGCUCACCUGUUCUCUCUGCUUCUCACCUGAGACGGGGGGGGCGGCUCCCCACCAGACCCCUCCCUCUGCCCCUUCCCCCCCACCUGUCACUCGUUCUCUGCCGCUCUGUCUCAUUCCCUCUCUCUGUGUCACUUGUUCUUUUCUCCUCUCGUUCCCUCUCUCUCUCUUUCACUCAUUCUUCUCUAUUUUAUUCUCUCUCAUUCUUUGUCGGUCUGUGUCUUUCAUUCCUCCGUCCCUGCUCUGCCCCCCUUCCCUCUCUCUCUAGAUUGUUUACAUACGAAGGGCUCUUUCUAGCAGAUUUCUCUUUCUCUCUGAGACCACGACAACCCCCCCCAUUUGAAAUUUGAGGUUCCUUUCCCCUUAAUGCACUCCUUCUUUUGGGGUUCAGUAAAUCGGGGAUGGGGGACCCCAGGGCUGGGAGUGGGGGGGAAUCCCAGCAGGGGGUGUGCUCGCCCCGCCCCUCCAAAACCAAACAAAAAUGGCGAACUUUUAUUUCUGCUUUUUUAACUUUUCUCGCUGCGUCUGAAUGAAAUAACUAGUUAAAAAUUAAAAAGGGGGCGAAGGGGACGAUUCUGCCAUUGGGGGGCGACUGGGGAGCUCAAUCCUGGUGCGAGGCUGUUGAGGGCAGCUGCUACACCUAGUGGGGAAAAGAGGAAGUCCCGCCUUUCGAAGGAUGGUUCUAAAGGGGUCAGACAGGAAGUCCUGCCUCCUAGAGGGCUAAGCAGGGACCUCAUGGUGUGGAACAUCAUCUACUGGAGGGUGGGGAAAUUCCUCCUUCAGGAGAACCACCCCAAGCAUUCAACACAGGAAGUCCCGCCUUUUGCAGGGAUGUGAUGGUGCAAUAAAAGAAGUGGGUAGGGAACACUCCCCAAAGGGGCAAAACAGGAAGUCCUGCCUUUUGUAGGGAUGUGACGGUGCAAUACAGGAAGUUCCACCCUCAGCAGGGUUGAGGAUACUCGUCAGAGUGGUGGAACAGGAAGUCCUAUCUUUUUAAAGGGACGUGAUGUGCAAUAGAGGAAGUUCUGCCUUCCGGAGGGUGGAAAAUACUCCUAAAGGGGGCAAAGCAGGAAGUCCCGCCUUUUUGCAGAGAUUGGCGGGUGCAAAACAAGAAGUCCCAUCUUCUGGAAGGCAGGGAGACACGAUUUCGGCCAAUGAGGGGGGCUAGAUGGUCCUGCCUGACCAUGGGAGGGGAAUGCAAUGAUACCCCAAGAUACGUGGUGACUUAGAGGGGGGCUGUAUAGUUGUGGGGGAUAUAUCCCCUCCAAUCACCCAGGGCAGGGUUAGGAAGUUGGGGGGCCCUUUGGGGGCACCCCCUGGCAGGAAUCUCCCUCUCGGUCCCCCAGAAAAUGCAUGAGGAUGCUCAGUGUAUUGGGAAUGUGUAUAAUCGACUCCAAUCCCCACGGCCCUGCAGUUUUCUACCUCCCUCCCUGCUGGCUUUCUCCUCCCUUGCUCCGGCCUUGAUCCGAUGUCCCCUCCCCCGGAUUGCCUUUUCCACUGGAUAUUUCUUAUAUCGUGUCUUUGGGAUUGAAAACAAAAAAGUCUUGCAGAUUUAAAAAAAAACAGAAAUUUAAUAAAAAUAUAUUAAUAAAAAAAAGGGAAAAUGGACUGACAUCAUCUUCUUUCGUGUUGGGAACCCAGGAGUCCAGGCUCCCCGGGCUCUAACCACCAGCCCCCACUCCCCUCCCGGUGCCGGGCAGGGAACCCAGGAGUCCGGGCUCCCCGGGCUCUAACCACCGGCUCCCACACCCCUCCCGGUGCCGGGCAGGGAACCCAGGAGUCCGGGCUCCCCGGGCUCUAACCACCGGCUCCCACUCCCCUCCCGGUGCCGGGCAGGGAACCCAGGAGUCCGGGCUCCCCGGGCUCUAACCACCGGCUCCCACUCCCCUCCCGGUGCCGGGCAGGGAACCCAGGAGUCCGGGCUCCCCGGGCUCUAACCACCGGCCCCCACUUCCCUCCCGGUGCCGGGCAGGGAACCCAGGAGUCCGGGCUCCCCGGGCUCU